AAAUUAUUGAUGGCAGCUAUAGGAUUCUUGGCAGCGGUAAACAAUAUAUGUCAAACUUAGACAUGUUGGGAAAAUGGUUGGAGGAUAAAUAUUUGUUAGGUAUGAUGGAUUGUCAGAGCAUGAAAUGUAUACCUGCGCUUUGACGCGAUCGAUAAUCUAUGAAGAGUUGCGUUAAAUUAUUCAACGCUUGUACCCGGUGCAAGUUAGAAGUAGAGAGAGAGACAGGGAGAGACUGAAAAAAAAUCAUUAAAUCGUUGUUCAUCAAGUUGGAAUUGUAGUGUGCGUUCAUCAUAAUAAUGAGAUAGUGGCGCUGAUGGUCGUAAAAAACUAAUCGCCACUCUGUCCGGUUAACUGCUUGAUGCCGAUUAACGUGUUGAAGGUUAGAGAAAGAAUAGCCCUUCACCUAUACAAGAACUAGUAAUACAAAUCGCAGCAUCGCCUGUGUCUGAACACGGAUUCUAGGUGAUCGCCGGAAGGCCGCCAUCAUGGGUACCAAAAAGCGUGAUGGAUGUUGCAGAAAGUUUACCAAGUUUCUCUUCUCCCACAUCGGGCUGUCCGCCAUGGUGAUUCUCUACUGCGUGGCGGGAGGCUUCAUCUUUGAGCAUCUGGAAAAACAGAACGAGCAGCAGAUCUGCUACGAGUCGCGAUCCGAAUACAACCCGAUGGAGAACAAGACUAUCGAGAGCAUUCUGAAGAUCUUCAGCGACUACGGGUUUCCCAGUCCCGCCAACAGAGAAAUUAUGGAAAUCCAGAUCGAGAGCGUGCUGCAGACGUUCAGAAACAACACUAUCGCCAUCGGGUACGACGGCAGAGACUGCGUCCACUACGGAGUGCCCGGAGGACCAGUCUACGAAUGGUCCUGGCCCGGCGCUCUCAUGUUCUCUGUGACCGUGAUUUCGACAAUUGGGUAUGGGCACAUCGCCCCGAAGACAGUCUGGGGUCGACUGGUCUGUAUAGCAUACGCCGUGCUUGGUAUACCGUUGAUGCUGCUGUGUCUCGCGAACAUAGGCGACGUGCUGGCGGACAUCUUUCGCUUCAUCUACGCCAAGAUCUGCUGCUGCGGUUGCUGUCGCCGCAAGAAGAGGAGAACCACCAAGGUUGUCCAGAUCAGACCAAUGCAGCGUUCACAGGACCCGGCCUGGAAGACGGAAAAAUCUGGAGUCAUCGGCGGAAGCCUGACUGACGACUUCUCCCGAAUACCCACGAAAUCCCCGACGGGCAGUACGGACACCAACGACAACAAAAAGAGCAAUACCGACAUGGCGUCUCUGGUUCGUCCGGGUUCGUCAAAGUCCGGCUCCAGAGCACCGAGCCCGUCCGGAAAGACGGUGAAAAUAGUUCCCCUCGAUCUGAAAGCGUUCAACCGGCCACCGACGAAACACGACCCGGUAAUUCUCGACGACGACAGCGAUGACGACGACGACGAUUUGGACGAGAAGAAGAUCACGGUUCCCCUCACCAUCACGAUGAUCGUCAUAGGCGGCUACAUUUUCGGAGGAGCGGUCCUGUUCGGCUUGUGGGAGGGCUGGGAUUGGCUGCAAUCGGCCUACUUCUGCUUCAUCACGCUGAGCACCAUCGGUUUUGGUGACGUGGUACCCGGAACUGAUUUCGAGAACCCCCAGGCGCAGGCGCAGCUCAUUCUUGGCGCCAUCUAUGUGAUGUUCGGCAUGGCCAUUUUGUCCAUGUGUUUCUCGCUAAUGCAGGACGAGAUUAUCGCGAAGGGCAAGUGGGUUGGCGAGAAGUUGGGAAUUCUCGACAAAACUGACGAUUGAGAUUUUUGGUCAUUAAAGGAAAAGUAACUUUUUUUGUAAAAUGAUCAUACCGCAGUUAUGUAAGGACUAAAAUAAAAAAACAAAAAACAAAAAAAAUUAAAAAGGAAAACCAAAAACAUAAGAACUGGAAUUUGAUUAUAAUCAGGUGUUAAAAAGGUUAAGUACCUUUUUUUUGAGGGGGGAACACUAGUAUAUAUAUUGUAUCUCUAACUCUGAGGUUGACCUUGGAAUGAGGUUGUUUAUUUGAAAACCCGCUGAUGCUAGUUACCUGAAGAGCUGACGCCCACCGAGUGCAGGGUUUGAUGUUGCUGUUACCGCCGCCUCGUCUAGACCGGACAGACACACAUGUGCCUCGUUUUGAACAUGCCUUAUUGACCUGUUGUUAGUUAGGCCGACCCUUCAUUGGCGUUGACGUUAUUUAAACUGUCGUCUUUUCUGAACUAUACUGCUGACAUUUUACCACGUCGAGUCGUGGUCUCCAUACCUCUCGUAUUGUUUCUAACUUGUUUCAAAAAUCACUCCAUCACAGUUACAAUAUGUCCAAAACAAAAAACCCUAUAUUUUACGACAAUCACAUGGCAGAUACCAGUCUAUUACAUUCAUACUAUAUCAAAAACCAGUUUAUGACCAUCACAUGCCAGGUACCAGUCUAUAAUAGUCAUAAUAUUAUGUCAAACACCAGUUUACUAUAAUCACAUGUCAGGUACCAAUCUAUAACAGUCAUAAUAUGUCAAACACCAGUUUACUACAAUUGCAUGCCAGGUACCAGUCUAUUACAGUCAUACUAUGUCAAAACCCAGUUUACUACAAUGAUAACAUACCAGAUACCACUACAACAGUCCCAACUUACCAGCAGUCACAAUUCAAAGUGUCACAAACCAAUUUAUAAUGACACAAUCCAACAAAAUUCUACAUGAUUCAUUUCACUGACACUUGUAACACCUCACAAACAUUCAUUGCAUAUCACACACUUGUUACAUUUCACGCACAAAUUUUGCACCACAUACACCAGCAUUUUAUUUCACAAACUAAGAUAAUAAUUUUGUAACGAACCUUAAACUUUUUGACAACCUGGACUGAAUUCGAGAAUUUGGACUUGUUUUUAAUCUAUUCUAUUGCUUUAAACUUCAAAUUAUUGUAGGUUUCUUUUUACAUAUUAAUGCAUGUGGCUAUAGAGAGACAUAUAUGCAACCUGGAGACUGUUAUUUUAGUGUUGUGCCAUACGUAAACUAUCAACCAAAGCUUUGCUAAUCUUUUGGGGGGCCUUAAGAAGGUUUUGGCAAGAUACGUAUAGAUUAAAAGGCCGUGAUUAAUAGUUUCCAUGUGAUUAAUUAUAAAGAAUUAUAUUUAUUUUAUAUAAUUUAGUUUAUGUUUAUUAACACCAUUAGUAAACAACUCUGCAAUAUCUUAAGUGACAAACUCCAGGUGUAUGAAUGCACUUACAUUUUUAUUACGAUAAUCAGGUGAAUAAACCACUUUGUUACUAUUACGCAGAGAAAUUACUCAAAUUAAGAAGAAGAACAAAGAAAAAUGCAGCAGAUGAAAUAAUUGAUAAUAUCUAUUAAUUUCAUAAAAGUAAAAUAUAACCUAAAGUUUAUUUGGCAGGAACUAAAAUAGCACUGGAAGCAAAUAAUGUUAUUUGAUAGUCAAAAUAAAUUCACUUAUGAUGGGAGUCUGUACCACUGUGAUUAACUUAGACAAUUACAUUCUUUUUAUGGAAGUUACAGGACUUGAAUGCUAGGCAAUAUUAAUUGUAAUGGUUCCUCGGGUGAUAAUAUGCUCUCGCCAUCCAAAAAUGUUAAUAAUUGUGUGUGCGUGCGUGUGUGUGUGUGCGUGCGUGCGUGCGUGUGUGUGUGUGUGUGUGUAUGUGUUCUUAGCUUAUAACUGUCAAUACGGUCAUGAUUCAAACGACCAGACACACGUACGAGGUUUGUGGAUCAUGUCACAACGUGAUAGUUGUUGUUUGUUUUGUUUUGACAAGAUUUUAUGGAAGUUGUUAAUGCUUAUUAGGAUUUAUAUUUUAAUAUAGAUAUUUUUAAUUGAUUUUCAAUUAACAGCACAUCAUUUUAUUAGCAGGCACUACUUACUCGUUGUGCUUUGGAUAGGAUGCACUGAAAUCAAAAGGUAGUUCCGUUUUGUUCGUUAUCUAGUGUGUAAACUUAUGUUUGGAACAAUUUACAAAUAGUAAAUGUUGAUAUCUAUGCCUGUGCUUAUUAUGGAUAUACUUUUAAAUUGUUAUUUCGUUUGACCAUGUAAUAACUUUAAAUACUUAUGUAACAAAAUGCAAUAUAUUAAUAAUUUUGCAAUGUUCGACUGCAUGAAACCAAAUAGCACAGAAAUAUUCCGUCCACUAUAAAGAUUCCAGUUUUUAUUGUUAUAUUUUUAUAGAACGAUAGACAUCGGUUUUGAGUUUAUUGACAGUGUUAGAUACUGCUGAUAUUCUAUAUGCAUACCUCUUCAAUAACAUAUCCAUAAUCAGAAUUGCUGAACUGUAUAAUUUAGUAUAUGACCUUGGAAAAGAAGUAUUGAGCUGAUUACAUAAGUGCUAUUCGAAAAUAACGUAAUGGUUUUCCCGUAGUGCCAUGCUGCUGAAUUUUUAAGUUUAGUGAUGUCUUAUAUUAUCUUACAUUUCGUUGCUUAGAAACACAUUCAACUCGCCUUCGCUCGUCAGAUGCGUUAUGAAACAACUCAUAUGAUAAAUGAUAUCUAUGUAGUAUCAUGUCCAAGUAAGGCCUACAAGGCAUUCUGCAGUUGUUUUUACCGCUACAUUUGUAUGUUGUAUAAUAUUUUUAUAUCAUGAAAUACGGUUUAGCUUUCCUUGGUACUGAAUUUGCUUGCAUUCAGGCAUUGAAAAAUGUGCAACAGUUCAUUUACUGUUUUAUUGUUAAUCUAAUUUUCCAAAAUCUGUUCAUUUUAUUGUAUAGUUUAAUCUUGCAUUUUGUUAAGUAGAACAAAGUUAUCUACAGAUUAGUUUAGAGUCACUUCAUUAAUUAUGUGAUGAUGGUGAUGAUCAAGCAAUCACUGUAUCAAUGUAGUCACCCAUUUUUAUAAAAUGUUCAAGCUGAUGAUGCUUUUACGUUCAUGCUUGUGCCUAAUUAAAGUUCAAACACGCUAUCCUGAACAGGUCACUAGGUUGCGUGGACUGUCCUUCCAAGGACAAGUUAUUAAUGUUGUACUGUUGUUCCGGAAGUGAAAACUAUAUCGACACCAUUUAUUAAAAUUGUUCCGUUUCAUGACGCGAGGCCUUAGUCUCAAACAUUCAAAUAUCAUUUGUACUUUAAAGAAACUAUGCUGAGUUUGCAGUUUUCGACUAAUAGAGCCUUUUUAAUGACUACACUUAUACAUUAAACAAAGAUCGGAUCCAGGAAAUAUGGAAGGGACCAAGGGGAAAAAACGCAUGGACCAACUCAUGAAAAGGGCAACCCAAUCAAAACACGUUUAAAGACAGAAAAAAGAGGCUGUUGAAUAAAUUUAGGGUUGGGGGUGGUGUCCACCUUUGUUAAAUACAUGUUGUUAUUUAGAAUAUAUCAUAUCGGAGAUCACCUCUGUUAAAUACAUGUUGUUAUUUAGAAUAUAUCAUAUAUGGGGGGGUUCACCUCUGUUAAAUACAUGUUGUUAUUUAGAAUAUAUCAUAUCGGGGGGGGGUCAACCUCUAUUAAAUACAUGUUAUUUAGAAUAUAUCAUAUCGGGGGGGGGGGGGUCAACCUCUAUUAAAUACAUGUUGUUAUUUAGAAUAUAUCAUAUCGGGGGGGGGGGGGGGGGGGGUCAACCUCUAUUAAAUACAUGUUGUUAUUUAGAAUAUAUCCUACCAGUCUGUGUAUUCAGUAUGUUUCUGAUCGUCCUAAUCUUUGUAGUAGCUCAAACUUAUUUAUUUCCAAAUUCAUUUUUUUUUUUUCAAUUGGGAUGUAAAAUUUGAUGUAUUUACAAAUAUUGGGGCAAUUGAAUAUACAGACACUGAUAUUCUAAACAAGAACAUACAUGUAUUUGAUAUGUCAUUUCAGUCGUAAAAGAUUUUAUUAAGCCAUUAUAAAAUAACAUCCUUACAAUGGCAGCAAACUCAGAACAGUCUCUUUAAUGAAUAUCUUUGUUAUUAUUGCAUGUUGGGAUUGGUGGGGUUUUUAAAACAUUCUCUCAUCUUUUCUUUUUUUUUCUCUUUUUUGUUGUUUAUUUAUUUAUUUUAUUUUAUUCAAAUACUAGUAAUAUUAUAUAAAUGAGACGAAUUAAUGAAAGGUUAUCAUCGCGCAAUAAAUUUAGCCGCAUUUAAGUCUAAAACACGGAUUUAUUGUUGCUGCGUGCAAGUCUUAAACGGACAAAAUAUGACUUGUUCUUGUAGCUAUGGACCAUAUUUUUAUUGAAAUUAUUAAAUAUGUGCUUAGGGAAAUUACACGUGAGUAAGUGAUAAAACCUUCGUAAGUUCGGCCUUGAAUGUUCUCGAGUGUGUGUUCCAACUCUACUCUGGUUUUUUGUAUGUGUUGUUAGUUGUACAUACAUUGCUAUAUAUCACUGUUGGUUAUUGAACACGUAUUUAUAUAUGUCUAUCUAGUUGUUACUUGUUGCAUCUAUACAGUACUGAAAACUGACGAAUAACUUAUUUUUUUAAUCACGAUGCCUUACACUUGCUGUUAUGAUUUUUAUGUUUAUUAACAUUUUUUUUUUUCUGCUUGUUACUUGCUUGUGUCUGUAAAUAUAAAUAUAUAUAUGUGUGUGUAUAUCAAAUGUAUAUUUUUAAGAAAAAGAAACGUUUCAUAAUCAUUCAUAUAUUUAUCUUUAAACGUUCAACUGUUACUGGCUGCACCGAUAAAAUAAAAAUAAAAACUACGAUGCAAACCGCACGGCAUCACGUGAUUCCAAUUAUUUGUCAUCACGUGAUCGCCGAAUACCCGUCGUUACGUAGUCCUAGUUAUUUGUCAUCACGUCAUUUGUAAGUUAUUUGUCACAAGACCGCUGAUUAUUUACUUGUCCGUCUAUUAAGUUGUUAAGUUAAGAAAGUUAUUUUAAAACCAGAUAUAAUAGUUUUCCAUUGUUAUCUGAUUAUUUGAUUUCCAUCUCUCUCUCUCUCUCUCUCUCUCUCUCUCUCUCUCUCUCUCUCUCUCUCUCUCUCUCUCUCUCUCUCUCUCUCUCUCUAUAUAUAUAUAUAUAUGCUUUCUCUUUUAAUUAUUUUUAAUACAUAAAAUCAUGUUACACAAAAUAAUUAUAAACUUGAACCGAACUGCUGAUAAAUAUGGUACAGAUGAUACAAAUUUUAAAAUAUCAUGUUAGCUUUUUUAUAUAAAUAUAUAGGCCUAUUAUCUCCAUUUAAAUGGGGGUUUUUCUAUGAGAAAGUUUUAUUUAAUGGUUUUUGCCAUAUUUCAUGCAUAACAUUGAACGUAUAUGCAACAACAACAACACUGGUGUAGUAGAAAAUGGCAUGGCCGCCAUUAGUCUAUAAAAUGAUAGUAUGUUCACACCUAAACAACGGAUAAGGUUGCUUGAUCCUGCACCGGAACACUAUUGCGCACAUUGUGGCUUUAUGUUUACUGCUGCAAGUCUGUUAUUUUAUAUACUAGUAGAUACAUGCACCUUUGAUUUAGUCAAAGUUUGACUCAUACACUACACUAAAUUUUGUAAUGAGAGAUAUGUGUACAAAGUACAGUACAUCAUUGAUAUGAAUUAAUUUUGUUCUACGUAAAAUGUAUAAUAUCCAAUAAAAUGCCGUCCAAGACUCAUGUGAUUUUUAAAAAAACCUUGAUCACUUGAUUAAAAACAAAUUGAAAAUAAAAUAUUAUAUUCAAGAAAAUAGUGUAUAAUCAAUAUACAAUUUUUUUUACAAGUGAACAUUUGAACAAUAAAUAAAACACUGCACAAAAUUUAAUAAGCACAGCAUUUAAUACACAUAAUGCAUAAUUAUUGUAAUAAUUUUAGAAAUGUUAAUUAUUUAUGUCGAAAACUAUAUUUAUUAAUGUUAAUUAUUUGCAUUGAAAAUAAUUUAUUUGUUAAACUGAGUGCAUCUGAGUGCCCAAUAUUAUUAGUCAUCAAGUUGACAGGUAUAUCGAUGUAAUUUUAACUACUUUGUAUAGUGUUUAUUUAUCUUAAGUGUUGAGUUGUAUUCUAUCUGUGAUACGUCUGUACAAAGUAUUAAAAUAAAGUUAUUCCUCGUA